UUUUUUCUUGUGAAUCAAAAAAAGAGUUAAGACGAAAGAGGAAGUUGAGAUUCAUGCUUCGAUUUGUCCCAAGCAGGCAAGGUUGCUUAGUUUUUAGCACCUUUAUGGCUUGAAAUAUGUCUUCAAGGAUGAAGCUACGUCCAUCGACAGAAAUUUGUGCCGACUGUAGCGCGCCCGGACCAGAAUGGGCUUCUGUAAAUCGUGGUGUUUUAAUUUGCGACGAAUGUUGUAGCGUUCACCGGAGUUUGGGUCGACAUAUUUCUCAAGUGAAACACCUGAGGCAUUCUUCAUGGAGUCCGACCUUACAAGCGAUGGUUCGACAGCUUGUAACAAAUGGGGCAAAUUCAAUAUGGGAACAUUCACUUCUGGACCCAAAUCAAAUGAAAAGUGGAGUAAGGAAACCUAACCAAAAAGACCAUGUUCAUCCAACAAAAUCAACAUUUAUUAAAGCCAAGUACCAGAGGCUUGCAUUUGUUCCCCGUCUUCCCUGUAAGGACGAUGAUACUAUCACUGUUUCUGACCUCAGUCAGCAACUUCACUCGAGUGUAAGAACUGGAAAUCUAGAGACAUGUUUGAGGUUACUCUCUCUAGGUGCUCGUGCAAACUACUUUCAUCCAGAUAGAAGUAACACCCCACUUCAUGUUGCUGCUAAUGCUGGACAAGCUCUUCAAGUUGAACUCCUUAUUGUGCAUGGCGCUGAUCCCACUAAACCAGAUAUUAAUGGAAAGACACCAGUAGACUAUGCCCUGGAAGCUGGCUUCCCCAAUAUUGCACAACGACUCAUCGAAGUUCAGUUUGAACUUACAGACAGACUCACAUAUUAUUUGUGUGGCAGAAGACCUGAUCAUCAAAAUGGUGUGCACUAUCUCAUACCAACCAUGGCGGAUAGCCGUUUGGAUUUAUCUGAUGAUGCUAACAAAGCGAAAUUGAAACUACAAGCUUUGAGCCACCAUUUGUUUGAAGAGCUGGCUUCUGACGUGUAUGAUGAAGUAGAUAGAAGAGAGUGUGAUGCAGUUUGGCUGGCUACUCAGAAUCACAGUGCUCUUGUUAGUGAUACCACAACAGUACCAUUCCUUCCUGUGAAUCCAUCAUUCUCUUCAACAAGAAAUCAGGGAAGACAGAAGUUGGCACUAUUUAAUGCCAAGGAAUUUGCAACAUUAAUCAUUGAUAUAUUGAAUGAUGCAAGACGACGGGAACAGGACUCUAAUCCUGACCUCACACAAGGUUUUGUUGAGUCGCAUAUUUUUCCGAUCGAAGAAGAUGCUUACGAUCACGAGUAUGAUGAAGUACCUUCAGAUGAGGAGGCAGUUGAUAAAGAGUCCACUCCAGAGAACCCAUCAGAAAUGACUACAAAAGUGCAGAUUGAAAAGGGAACAACUACAAGCUUCCUGGCAGAAGACUCUGUGCCUAUGGAGCGUUAUGUAGCAGUUGAGAGUGCUUUAUCUACAGCUAAUGCUCGUGUUCAGCAGCUCCUACAAGUGAACGCAAAUCAAAGCCAUGAAAUUCAAAAUCUUCAGGCAACGGUUCACAAGCUAGAAGAUGAAAACAAAGCCUUAAGAAGUCAGUUAGGAAUUCUUAAUGGCAGCGACGAUAACGUAUUUUCUCCUCCGGCAUAUCCGGACGCGAGUGAUGAGGAUGAUCUUGUGGAGAUCGAAGACAUUGAGCCAUACGCUGCCCCAGGUUCUAUCCUAAAUCGCCCAACUCAACCCACCACCCCGGGGCAGACUCGCACGGGAGAUGUGAGUAGAACUAAAUCCGUCAAUCCUUAUGACAAUGUGACUGACUCUCCAGACGAACCUGACGAGGAACGCAGAUAUCUGAACGUUGAGGAGAUGAGAGAACACGAAAGAAUGAGCUCUUCCGAUAGUCCAUUCGAUGAACAGCUUGACAGGGAGGCGGAGAAACUAAUACAUGCCGUUGAUGAUCUAGUUCACGAAGCCACUAAAGACGCCAGACAGCAGCCGUCACAAGAAGAUGUGGUGCGGUGUACCGAACAGAUCACCAAAAAAAUUCAAGAGCUGUUACUGUCAGCACAGGCUGGAAGACACAGCUGUUUCAUUCCCUGUUCAAGUAAUAUUUUCACUGCUGUUAACGACAUGGCAAGUUUAUUUCCGGAGGACCCGGAUGUGGACAGCAUGCGUGUGUCACUCCAGCUGAUGAAGAGUAGCGCCGCCAGACUACAAGUGGAGUGUAAGAGUGCUGUGUUGCCUGGCAACACUGUAGACAUGGCAUUUCUCACUCAGCAGGUCAUUCAAUGUGCUUAUGACAUCGCUAAAGCUGCUAAGCAACUGGUGACGACGUUUUCAGUUGAUUAGAAUAUCUCUGACUAACCACUGAAUGCAGCGUGGGGUCCGUAGAUAGAAAAAUCUAGCAUUCCCUUUCAUUCUCAAAAUCAACACUGAAUAGGCCGCAAGUCAAUUUACCGCAAAGAACCGCCUUCUAUGGUUUCAUAAAUAGCUCCGUUUAAAACUAGUAUUCGUUUGCUUUCGUUUAAAUUGUGACAUUUCAUCCACAUACUUAAAAGUUAGAACAACGUUGUACAGCAUAAUAAACAGUACCACGUGAAAGUACUGCUCAGUAGCUUUCAUUUGAAUGGCCACACACUAGAGUUUCAUCCACAAAUUUAGAAGUUAGAACUACUUUAAACAGCACCUCAUGAAAGCACUGCACAAUAGUUUGCAUUUGAAUAGUCACUCUAGGGUUUCCUCUAAAUACUUGAAACCGUUGAUGAGGUUUGACUUUGCGAAUGAAAGGGUAAAAGAUACUAGGGUUAACAUCGUGAAAUAAAUUAUGAAUAUUAUGGAAAUUAUCUUCGAAGUAAGUAAGCAUCUUACAGAGCUAAGAUCAACAGAUACUACGUCUUAAGGCUACGUGUAGAGAAAUCUUUUGCGUAUUUUAAACAUUGCAGAACCUCUCGUUAAAUAUUUUUAAACUUCAGUGUAAGCAAAAAAAAUAUGAUCUUAUCUCUGCAAUUGCUUUCUUUCGCUUCGGAGGAAGAAAUCAGAUUUCUAGUAUUUGUUCACUAGAUAAAGUGUUUUAAAAUUAUAUAAUGCUAACUAGCUGGAUUAUGAUACGAAGUGAUUCUCCGUUUUAGACGGAACUUACAUAUUUGUCUGUCUCGCGUUUCUCUCUCUCGCGCGCGUCAUCUUCGUGGGGGAGAGACAUGCGAGGGCGUGCGCGAAACAUUGGGAGUAAAAUCAGCUGUUCUCUUGUCCAAUCGCUAAAAGAAUGCGUGGUGAUUUCGUCGUAAUUGCCUGAGCUCUUGUGUAUUUGGCAUGGUUUUCUCGGCAGCCACUUCGAGAGAAUCUCGAAGCAAUGAAACAGAUUUUCUGACUUCUAAGUCUACUGUGGUGUCCUCUCAAGAGAAGUGUCCGCUUAUGAGAGGUUGUAACCGUACUGUUUGUAUGUAACUGGGAAGGGUAUCCGUUAGCGAAGCUUCGAGCUUGCUUCUAAGCAUGCGUUAUAGGGUGGAACAAACGGUAGUUUAUUUGUUGUAAGCAAAACGUUUGAGAAAAGCCUUAACAUAACGCAAGCGAGGCUUGAUAAAAACUGAAUAGCAACAAUUUUUUUUUUUUUUUUUUUUUUCACACACAAACAGCUAGACUGUAAAAUGAAGCGUGUAAAAGAGGAAAAUUUUCAUCUGAUAGCCUUUUCAGUUGCUCGGGUAAAACGUGGGCGUUUCUGUCUAGCCAAAUCAGAGUGAACGAAACAUGUAAAGAAAACAUUUUUCAUGGCUAGAUGAAACUCAGAUGCACUAUCGAAGGAACAACUGCUGUCGACUAAUUCUGACCAAUCAAAAUACAGCACGAGUACUUCAUAAAGAACACGUCAUAAAGAAUCGUCACUAAGCAACCAUGCUGGCGAGAGGCGCGUUAAGUAGAUAAUAUAAUAGACCUUUUUCAUUUGGGCGGUUUCUUGCCGCAUGUCAGACCAUGUGAUGAUACUCUUGAGAAUUCUUCCUUUCAAAUUUUCAAAUAGUCACGUGCAUAUGAAUAAAUAUAUUUUAGACGGAUAAAAGGACAAUUCUGUAGAGAAUAUCACGUGGUCUGUAAUGAGAAAACAAACCGCCCAAGCCAAAAAGGUCUAUUGGAGCAACACUUUUUCAAAGAAAUGUGCCCUAUUUUUUUUUUUUUUUUUUUUACAAUCGAAUAGAUUAUUGAUAUACUCAUAAACAUGUACCAUAUUAUACAAAUUAUAUUAUUAAUCAUACAUAAUCCCAAAUAAUUGACCGUAAUUCACAUAUAUCGAUGUAAAAAUAACGACGAUUCUUACAAAAUAAGCUUAAUUGUUGAAAAACUUGUUGUUUCAGGCUCUGGUCUUUGAAUUCCUAAUCCUACAAUGCCUAUAAAGUGAUCUUCAAAUAGCAGUGAUGAAAUAAAAUCGACAAAAAGAGAACGCUCUCCCUCA